CGUCUUACACGGCGUCGAAGCGACGCCGUCAUCGUGCCCAGCGACGUCGAUUUUGGGUGGAUGUAAUUGAGUUGCCCAGCAGCCACUGGGUUCAACAGGCCCCGACAGCGCACGCAGCGACAAAUUCAUCAAGCCCAACCAAGCAAACAAAUGCAAUGUUUUCGCCUUUCUUCUGGCUGUUUGCUGCCCUUGCCUCGUUUUUUUCCAACCGGCUCAGUACAGGCUUUGGUAUUUGCUCUGUCAAUAUCCCAUGGCCAGCUGGCUUGAUCGUCGUGGAGGAUUCUGAGCCUGUAACUAUCUACCGGGGCCUGACAACAGCAACGUAUUUGCCACCGUUUCACUACACGUUCAGCAGCAGCAUUUCCAUUCUUUUAUUUGAUACGUAGAAUGAAUAAUAAAAUGCUGCUUCGAAUUUUCGUUGCGUGUCACCUCUCGAGCAAGGUACCGGU